AUGGCGAUGGCAGACGGUCCAGCGCUAAACGCCCAAAUUGUUCGUGGACUUAAUGAACGAGUAUAUGAUAAGCGUAAAACCGCUGCAUUAGAAGUUGAAAAGCUUAUUCGUGAAUACGCUGGAGAAGCUGAAAGUCCGAGUAAAGUUCAAAGAAUUCGAGGAAUUCUCGAUAAACUUAUUCAAGAUUUCGCGUAUUCGGUAAAUCCCAAUGCACGGAAUGGAGGAUUAAUUGCUUUGGCAGCCGCGUCUAUAGCUUUGGGCCCUGAUGUAGCACCAUAUUUGGAUGAUAUAGUUCCUCCAGUUCUUGCUUGUUUUGCAGAUCAAGAUUCUCGUGUUAGAUAUUAUGCUUGCGAAAGUAUGUAUAAUAUUGCGAAAGUAUCAAAAGGAGAAAUAUUGCGAUAUUUUAAUGAAGUUUUUGAUGCAAUGAGUAAGUUGGCUGCAGAUUCAGAACUUUCCGUUAAAAAUGGAGCCGAGCUUUUGGAUAGAUUAAUAAAAGAUAUUGUAGCAGAACAGUCUACCACAUACGUUUCUGUCUUAGAUCAUCCUAUUUCACAUGACGAUCCGAUGGAAACAGUUUCAAUGCCACGUACAACUGCAUUCUCAUUACCUAGAUUUAUUCCUUUAUUAUCCGAACGUAUUCGAGCAAAAAAUCCAUUUACACGCAACUUUCUGGUAUCAUGGAUUACCGUAUUGGAUUCAAUACCAGAUCUCGAGCUCGUGUCAUUUUUACCGGCUUUCUUGGAUGGUCUUUUGCAAUUUUUAAGUGAUCCACAUGAUGUUCGAUAUGCAACCUCUAACGUCCUCGCGAAUUUCUUGGCUGAAAUACGUGAGGCAGUUGAGGUUAAGGAACAACAAAAGCAACAGGCAAUGAAAAAUUAUUUUGUUGAACAACAACGAAAGCUAGCUAAUACGUCUGAAACCGCUUUGGAUGCAGGUGAAAGUAUAAAGGAUAGUGAUGGUGAUGGUGAUGAUGUUACACUGGUAAAAUCAUCUAUUGAUUCGGUUGAUGGAGAUUUCAACUGGGAUGCAGUUUCGAUAAGCGAAACUGAGGGAAGAGGGAAAGGUUCUUGGGUUCCUGGUCAAGGGGUUAUCAUUAAUUACACUCGAAUUGUUGAAAUUUUAAUGCCUCAUUUGUCUUCACCUGAGGAAGAAAUCCAGGCUACAGCACUAAAAUGGAUAAACGAAUUUAUAACGCUCGCUAAAGAUGUCAUAAUUUCAUUUACACCUCAAUUAAUAAGCGCCGUUUUGCCUUCGUUGGCCCAUACAUAUUGUUUACCUAUCAAAACAGUCGCAAUAGAUGUGAAUCGAAGCCUUUAUAAGUUAAUUAUUGAAACUCCAACUAAUCCAGCCCCAACUAUUCCACCACCCUCGUAUUCUGUUGCGACUCGAGAUUCUUCUACACAUUUAUCAUCUAAUUCAUCCAUGGAUUUUUUAAUGAAUAUGGGAAGCACCAAAGAACCCAACUAUAAUAAUACAUUACAUUCAAUUUAUGAACAAGCUGAUCCAUUUGAUUACCUGAAAACUGUUGAUGCUUUGAUGCAUCAAGUUAAUAACGAACACGAAGAAACCAGAGUUGCAAGCUUGGAUUGGCUUUUAAUGCUGCAUAAGAAAGCAUCCAAAAAGAUUCUUGCAAUUGAUGAUGGCACUUUUCCAGUAUUGUUAAAGACUCUUUCAGAUCCAUCAGACGAGGUCGUAAAACGUGAUCUUCAACUUCUUGCUCAAUUGUCUUAUAAUUCGGAAGAAUACUUUACACGCUUUAUGGUUGAUUUGUUAAAAUUAUUUAGUACCGAUCGACGAUUACUAGAAUCAAGGGGUAGUUUGAUUAUUCGGCACUUAUGUAUGAGUCUUAAUUCGGAAAGAAUUUACCGUAGUUUUGCAGAAAUAUUGGAAAAGGAGGAGGAGAUAGAAUUUGCUUCCAGCAUGGUGCAGAACCUUAAUAGCAUUCUUAUCACUUCCCCUGAUCUUUCGGAUCUGCGAAAGAGACUCAAAAGCCUUGAAACUAAAGACGGGCAAAUGUUGUUUACUGCUUUGUACAAAUCUUGGUGCCAUAAUCCUGUUGCGACAUUUUCAUUAUGUUUAUUGGCACAAGCAUAUGAGCAUGCGGCAAAUUUAUUACAAAGCUUCGCCGAUUUGGAUAUAACUGUAAAUCUUCUUAUUCAGAUCGAUAAACUUGUCCAACUAUUAGAAUCACCAGUAUUUACAUAUCUCCGUUUACAACUUCUCGAACCAGACAAAUAUCCUUACCUUUUUAAAUGUCUAUAUGGUUUGUUAAUGCUUUUACCACAGAGUAGUGCGUUCGCCAGUUUAAAAAAUCGGUUGACCAGUGUUUCAUCAAUGGGAUUCUUACAUUUGAUACCAAAAAGUACGCCCACAGCGGAUACCAAACGUUCAACAACCAAGUCAAAUAUGCCUACAAAAGAUGAUGGUAUAAAAUUCCAAGACCUUUUAACUCAUUUUAGAGCUGUACAAACGAAACACGAAAAGAAACGCAAACAUCAUCAUUCUCUUGGACGUUCAAGCAGCCAGUCAGCACAAAAUCGACGCGGUCGUGAUCAUCGCGAUAAAUCAACUCUACAUUCAACAGCAGCAAACAAACAUGCUGGAAGUAGUUCACAAUCUCAUAAUAAUGACCAAAAAGGAGGAUCUGGCAUCAUUGGUGGUAGUAAUCUUAACUCUGGUAAUCCUGGAAUAAUUUCGACGAGUCAGACUAAAAGGCGGCCGAGCGCUGCAAGUAAUGCUAGUGCCAGUAGUGAUCAUGGUGGAAGUUCUGGCUCUCGGGUCACCAAGACUUCUCGUUAA